AUGGAGUUAUCUCAGGAGUAUUACGAAGCCAUGAAAGCCUGCAUUUCUCUCGGGUCCGUGCCAGAAGCCCGGAAACUGCAUGCCCGACUCGUUUCCACUGGCUUACACUCUUCAACUUUCCUACAAAACCACCUCCUGAACAUGUACUCCAGUUGUGGCUUGAUAGAUGAUGCUCUCCGGGUUUUCACUGAAAUUGAGUUUCGUAAUGUUUUUAGUUGGAACACGAUGAUUAGUGGCUUGGCGGAUUCGGGUCGGAUGAGGAAAGCCGCACAGUUGUUCGAUGAAAUACCCGAAAGAGAUACUGUUUCGUGGAAUUCAAUGAUGUCUGGUUAUUUUCACAAUGAGCAACCUCAUGGCACGAUCAAGGUUUUUACUUCGAUUAUUCGGGAUUGUAACUGUGUUCCUGAUCUAUUCUCGUUCUCCUGUGCGAUGAAGGCUUGUGCCAGUCUUGGUUAUGUAAAUUUGGCUUCCCAAUUGCAUGGUCUAGUUGUGAAAUUUGAUUUUGGAGGACAUGAGUCCAUUGGGUCUUCGAUCAUUGAUAUGUAUGUCAAGUGUGGUGCACCGAGUUUGUCCGAACAAGUGUUUUUGAGAAUGCCAAAUCCAAAUUUGUUUUGUUGGAAUACUUUGAUUUAUGUUUACUCAAAAUUGUAUGGUGUUGGAAGGGCUCUUCAUUUGUUUCAUCAAAUGCCUGAGCAUGACACUUGUUCUUGGAACACAAUGAUUUCGAUCUUGGCUCAGCAUGGGAAAGGGGCCCAAACUCUUGAUAUGUUUGUCGAGAUGUUGAAUCAUGGUUUCAGACCGAAUUCCAUGACAUACGCUAGCGUUCUCAGUGCUUGCGCAGGCAUUUGUGAUCUGGGUUGGGGUGCCCAUCUCCACGCUCAAAUCCUCCGAAAGGAACCAAAUAUCCAUGUUUAUGUGGGUAGCGGUCUGAUCGAUAUGUACGCAAAAUGUGGAUGCUUGGAAUACGCUAUGACGGUUUUCAAUAACUUGAAAGAAAGAAAUGUGGUCUCCUGGACUUCCAUGAUUGGGGGAACAGCCCAGUUUGGCCUUGUAGAAGAGGCUUUGACUUUGUUUAAUCAGAUGAGGAAGGUACCUGUGGACUCAGAUGAAUUUACUCUUGCCACCAUUCUUAGAGUAUGUUCUAUUCUAAAGGAUAUUUCUCUUGGGGGACAGCUGCAUGCAUACACAAUUAGGAUCGGAAUGAAUUCCUCUGUGCCUGUGGGGAAUUCUCUUGUUACUAUGUAUGCUCAGUGCGGAAAUGUUCAAAGUGCAAGCUGUGCAUUUAAGUUGAUGCCUGUAAAAGAUGUUAUAUCCUGGACAGCAAUGCUCACUGCAUUCUCUCAGACUGGAAAUGUUGAAAAAGCUCGAGAAUAUUUUAGUAGAAUGCCAGAACGAAAUGUCAUAACUUGGAACUCAAUGCUAGCCACGUAUAUACAACAUGGGUUUUGGGAAGAGGGUCUUAAGAUAUACAUUUUGAUGGCAAGAGAAGGGGUUAAACCAGAUUUGAUUACUUUUGCAACUUUGAUUAGUGCCUGUGCUUAUUUGGCGGUGCUGAAACUUGGAAACCAAAUUGUAGCUCAAGCUGAAAAAUUGGGGUUUGUUUCUAAUGUGUCAACAGCAAAUAGUAUUGUUACAAUGUAUGCAAGAUGCGGACGAAUUGGUGAAGCAUAUAAUGUUUUUGAUUCUAUUGUUAUGAAGAAUUUGAUUUCAUGGAACUCGAUUAUGGCUGGAUAUGCUCAGAGUGGUCAAGGUAGGAAAGUCAUAGAGAUUUUUGAGGAUAUGUUAAAGAUGGGCUUCAUGCCUGACCACAUAAGCUACAUAUCUGUUCUAUCUGGUUGCAGCCACUCGGGACUUGUGCUUGAAGGGCAACAGUACUUCAACAUGAUGACUAAGGAUCAUGGGAUCUCUCCAAACUGUGAGCACUUUGCAUGUAUUGUAGACCUGCUUGGCCGGGCAGGGCGGGUAGACCAAGCCAAAAGUUUUAUUGAUGAAAUGCCUUUGGAACCUAAUGCUGAUAUUUGGGGAGCUCUGCUUGGUGCUUGCCGGAUCCAUGGCAACACAAAAUUAGCUGAAACUGCAUUGAAUAAUCUGAUUAAGUUGGAUGUGGAAGGGUCUGGAAGCUAUGUCCUUCUAGCCAAUAUAUAUUCAGAUGCUGGCAAGUUAGAAGGUGUCUCAGAUGUGAGAAAACAUAUGAGACAGAAAGGAAUCCAAAAGAAUCCAGGUUGCAGUUGGAUUGAGGUUGAUAAUAGGGUGCAUGUCUUCACUGUAGAUGACACUAGUCACCCUCGGAUAAAGGAUAUUUACAUAGCAUUGCAGGAGAUUAUCAAGAAAAUAGAACACGCAGGAAACUAUAUUAAUGAAAUUGGUUCUGCUGGGCCACGGAGCUGCCAUAGUGAGAAGCUUGCCGUGGCAUUUGGAUUGAUCAGCUUGCCUGCUUGGAUGCCUAUCCAUAUAAUGAAAAAUCUUCGAAUUUGUUGCGACUGUCACUUGGUGAUGAAGUGGAUUUCUCUUCUUACCUCAAGGGAACUUAUUGUGCGGGAUGCAAAUCGUUUCCAUCAUUUCAAGGGUGGGUCUUGCUCUUGUAGAGAUUACUGGUAA